UUAUUCGAAACUAAACAAAGGAACCACUAUCGUAAAUAGAAAAUGGCGGUAGCCACAGCAUCGGGAAUACCAUCGAAGUCAUGGCAGCCUGCACAGUGUACUCUGGAAACAACCAUGGGGACCAUCUUUGUUGAACUGUACUGGAAACAUGCUCCAAACACUUGCAGGAACUUUGCCGAAUUGUGUCGGCGUGGCUACUAUAAUAGCAUCAAGUUCCAUCGAAUCAUCUCCAACUUCAUGAUACAAGGAGGGGAUCCCACAGGCACAGGCCGAGGUGGGGCAUCCAUAUAUGGAAAAUUCUUUGAAGAUGAAAUAUCUGAUGAACUUAAACAUGCAGGAGCUGGUGUAUUAUCCAUGGCCAACAGUGGUCCGGAUUCCAACGGCAGUCAGUUCUUCAUCUCCUUGGCUCCAACACAGUGGCUGGAUGGAAAACAUGCCAUCUUUGGUCGAGUGUCUGGCGGCAUGCAGGUCGUCCAUCGUUAUCGGCAUGGUGGAGACGGAUGAGAAUGACAGACCAAUGGAUGAUAUAAAGAUUGUGAAAGCUUUCAUCACACCUUCAUGAGACUGUGUCGACAAUUUAGAUGGAGGAUUGGACCAUGAAUCCUUGGUCCUUUUGAAGAAACUCUCUGCCAUAUAAACUGUUGAACCAAUCAUCUGUUUCACUAAGUAUCAGUUGAUAUCUUUUACAGGUGGCAUAAUGGGGAGAAUGUUUGUACCAGACCAAUUCCAGGAUAUGUUCUCAUAAUGAGUAAAGUUGUGAGACCAGCCCUAGGUGUGGGCUGGUUACAUUUCAUCCUACUAUGCUGUUUAGCUUGUUCAAACAGGAGUAAUCUCCAAAUUCCAUACAUAACUUGUGACAGCAGUGAGAGCUCUAAGUAAGAACUUCCUACUUAAGAUCAGUUUGAAUGUAUUAUUUUGUACACUGGUAGACUAAGGGGAAAAUUGAGAUGUAUCUUUAAGAAAGCGCUCCUCUGCUAAGGGCUUGGACUGUUUCUGUUUGGAACCUUUUGGUUAAUAAAGGUCAGAGUUUGACAUAUUUUAAAGCUGUGACAGGUCUGAGAGAUUUUUAACUGUGCAUGUUUUAUUGUGUCCUCAUUUGUCAAGGUCUGCCAAACUAGGUCAAACACAUGUCAUCCAAUCAGCAUGAACAUACCAUGUAUCAAAUAUCAUGUUUUUAUUCAUUUUGGAACAGAAAAUAAAUUUUUGUAAAUAAA